AAGCCGUUUCUCAAACGUUGUUUUUAAAAACGCGCCUUGUUUGCAUAAAGUGUACUCCGCGACUCCCCCAUUUUGCCGGACGAGUUGUAACAUUCCGCGGUGCGCGAUACUCUCGCUUGUCCCUCUUUGUCCGGUUAGCGACAGAAGGCCAUGAUAAUUAUGGCAAAAAAAUUUGCGUUUUUGAAUGAAUUAUAGUUGAAUGGUGGAUCAACAAGCAUACACCGAGUGAGGACUGGUUUGCUGGCAAUGACACACCAAUGAGAGUUUCAAUUUAAAAGGACAGCAGAGCGAGCAACGGAGAAAAGAAAGGGUACAGUUUGCUUCCAAGACAGUCUGCAAGAUGGCUAGCUAUCUUCAGUGGCAUGCUAACGUUAGCUAGCAAGCUAAUGUUAGCAUAGUAAACAACAGGUUUUUUUUCCCCAAGAAAAAAAAAAACACAUGGUCGACUGCUUUGCCUCAUAAAAAUGCUGUGAUAAGUGAAAAAUCGAGUGCACGUUUUCACACAUGAACGUAGCGAGGUGCGUCACAGUGCGGGUUAAAUGUUCCGGGUGAAGUCUCUGAGCGCUGCUAGCGAGCCACAUUGAGUAACGUGGCUAGCUGGUUAGCCACGGUAGUUACUAGCUCGCGUUAGCUAGCUGGUCGACUUCUCCUCUCCACACAUCUGUAAGUGAUCAUUUUUUUUAGAGAGAGAGGCAGAGGGAGGUGGGGUGCUCUGUAACUUGUUCGUACUUUGGCAGUCAAAGCCAGGUAGCGAGCGAUCAGUUUCAUCCCAGCUCGUAGUAGAAACUGGCUCGUAAACGGAGGCGAACUUCUAAAUAACGUGAAGCAGCUCCGUUUCUUUUUCUUUUUUUUAUAAACCUGACGCUUAUUUGGUGACCAAAUCCCGGCGUGACAGACCACCGAAAGAUUUGCAGCUGGAAAAAAAAAGGAGUUUGCAGACCUGGGCCGAUCUAGUUAAAUAAUACGUGUUCUAGUCAUUGCUGUGAUGAAAAGCGUUUUAUUGACAUGACCUGAAGGCAGAUUCCACCUACUCAUAGGCUCAUAGCCUUCAAGACGUCGUCAUUUUUUUUAAACUUUUUUUUUCUUGCAUAUGAACGGUGAUAUGCCACUUCACCGACAGUCAUAUUAGCUAAUGGCUGCCGAAUCGGGGAGACUACUGGCGGGACAAGGAAAACGAAGCAAAGCUUCACAGAUGAAGAGCCCGGAGAAGAAGAAGGCGAGGAAAUCCACCACUCAGGCGGCGGGGUUCUCCCACCUCACUGAGUUUGCACCCCCUCCCACCCCCAUGGUGGACCACCUAGUCGCCUCCAACCCCUUUGACGAUGACUACUCAUCAUCCCGACCUAGCGGGGCAGGUGGACCAGCCAGCGCUCCGUUUCUUCCCAGCCCAGGCGCAGGCGGAGGAGGUGGGUAUGGAGGCGGCGGCGGCAGAAUUGCCGGAGGCAUGGGCUUCAUGGGAGGCCCCGGAGGACCAGGCGGCGGCCAGCCCGGGCGGAGGCCACCAUUCGGCCCUCCAGCCAACGCUGGACCUCACCACCAGCUUGGCUUUGGAGGGAUGCCUGGCUUCGGAGGUGGUGGCGGGGGAGGCAGCGGGGGAGGAGGCGGAGGCGGCGGAUUCCCCCCUGGUGGCCCUGCUCAGUUCAAUAUGCCACCAAACUUCAGCCCCCCCAUGCACCCGGGGCCAGGUUUCAAUCCCAUGUUGUCUCCAGGGGGUAUGGGAGGUCCCGGAGGAGGGGGGCCACCCCACCCUCGGUUCGGCAUGCCUCCGCAGCAGCAGCACGGACAGGGUGGACACCCGUUCAACAGCCCACCCUUGCCUGGUGGCGGAGGCCCUAGGGGGCCCCCACAUGGCCCACUGCCUCCCAUGGGAGGAGGCAUGGGUCCUGGGAUGAACAUGAUGGGUGGAAUGGGUGGUGGUCCCGGAGGCAACAUGGUGGGAGGCUUGCCAGGUAUGCCCCCUCAAGGACAGUUCCCUCCCUCACAGGAUGGCCCCUACCCUGGCCCCAGUCCACCAGGACCGGGCAACGAGGAUGGAAAGAACUUUGGUGGUGGAGGGCCACCGCCCGGCCCUCAGCAGCAACAGCAACAGCAGCAACAGCAGCUUAACCUUAAUCCCAACGGCCCCCCUCCUAAUAAUGCCACUCCUGGCCCUCCUCCCAACUCUGGCCCCCCACAGCCCGGUGGAGGCUUUCCUGGCCACCCUGACAUCCAGCAGCCCAACGCCAACACACCUGGUCAGCCUCCCUCGGCACCACCCCAGCCUAACCCCAACUCUUCUCCUACUGGUCCCCUGAAUGGAUCAGGCCAGCCCCAGCAUCCACCACCUAGUCAGCUACAACCGCCCAACAAUACAAACACCCCCAACUCAAACAACUCUACCCAGCAGCAGCAGCAGCAACAAUCCACUCCACCUAACUCUGCCCCUGGCUCCACCCCUUACAACCAGCAGAACAACACUCCUGGUGCUGGUGGUCCCAUGCCAAAUGCAGCCUCCAAUUCAGGUCAGAACAACAUGACCAACAACAAUGGAGGCAACACUCCUGGCAGCAACCCAAAUCCCCCCUCUAACUCCACCUCCACCCCGAACACCCAGUCUCCACUGCCCCCUGGCCCCGCUGCCCCCUCGACUGGGCCCGGUUCUGGCCCUGGAAAACUUGGUGGCCCCGGGAUGGUGUUCCCUUGUGGGCUCUGUUUGGCGGAGGUGCACGACGAUCAAGAUGCCAUCCUGUGCGAGGCAUCGUGCCAACGCUGGUUCCACCGCGACUGCACGGGCCUGACAGAGCCAGCGUACGGGCUGCUGACUCGAGAGAGCGCUGCUGUUUGGGCCUGUGACUUCUGCAUCAAGACCAAGGACAUCCAGGCGGUGUUUGUGCGCCAGGGAUUAGGCCAGCUGGUGGCAGCUAAUGAGAGUUGAGGAGUGGAUGACAGAGGAGCAGCGUGGAGAAUGCUACGCAUGAGGACAAAUAGAGACAUUCUUUGCUCUGGUCUAAUUGAAUGACCUGUGUGUGUCAUGCCAGCUACUUGCCCAACUUUCUCUUGACUAGCCCUUUACUUGUUCACUACACAGAGAAACACACUCAUUGACAUUCAUGCUUAUAUAUAGCACUUUGAGUGACUCUAGACAAAUGCUUUUUCCUCCCUCCCUCCCCCCUAAAGGAGAAACUCAUGAUGAAUGUUAAACUACACAGUCCUUCAGACAUCUAGCCUGCCAACCAGCAAAGCACUGACACCAACACACUACCUCACACACUUUGUGACUGACUGGCACGGAGGCUCCCGCACUGACUGACUGUGAUUGACUGACCACGCUCACGCCCCACACGAGUGGGAUGAUAUUUUAAACACACACACAUACACAAAGCCACGUUAAGCCCCAUUGUGUAUCGACAGAUUGGCUCAAAGGAUUUUUGUCACGGCUUGAACUGAAACAGAAAUGAUGCAUCAGAUCUUAAGAUGUGAAAAAAUAAUUGGAAGAGUGCCUGAAAAUCAAAAAAAAAAAAAGGGUUUCAUCGUUCGAUUCACAGCUUUAUUUGCCAUCGAAACGCUCCAUUCUAGCACUACCCUGCCACAUUUUUAGCCUUUUUUUUUACUGCAACGCAAGCGAAAAGAAAAUGGAAAAACACAUCAGUAUGUCGUAAAACACAGAUCAGCGGGGAAAGAAAUCAAAUUCUAUUCUUUCGUCAAGACGUACACCUGCACACACACUUACACACACUUACACACACAUUGACCCCGUACUACUUCUGUCUGUCAUUUUGUACCCAGUGCUGAUUAAUCCAAAGGGAGAGAGCCGGGCUGAGAUUUCAUCCGUACCUCCUCGCAGAGAGGAUUCUACCACCAAAAUAUUUGUAAAUAUGAUGAGGACAUAACAUUUGUCUGGAACUCCCAUCAGUUGUGUGAACACGCCAGAGAGUUGACCAAUGAACAAAAUAAUAAGUUGGACUCGUGUGUCUUGGUUGUAUACAGUAUGACGUUUUGGGUUUUUAUACCGUACAUUUAAGUCGAUCAUUUUCUUUCUCUCUCUCUCUCUCUCUGCAGUACACAUGAAUUGUGAAAUCAGUGCUUUUUGGAUGGUGUUGGCAUAGCAAGUAGUGACAUCAUGUCAUAUCAGAUGUGCAUAGUCCAUUUUUUUUUUUCCAAGAAAAAAAGAAGAGAAAAAAACCAAGGGAGGGGGGUGCAUGUGAACCAAUGCAGUAACUGUCUGAUCUGUUUAUGUUUAUAUUCUGGCCUCUGCCUUGAAAGAGGCCUUGAAGUAGACCAAAUAACUUAAAGAGCGAAAAAUACCCAUUUUUCACAUUUCUGUCACGGUAUAAGGUGUUUAUAACUAUUCUUCCUUCUCUCUUUCCUUCGUUUUCUUUACUCAAUGUCCAAGUUGCCUUUCUGUUCUUGCUCUCUCAGCUGUUCCUUUUUGAUUUUUUGUACUGGUUAUUUGUGCUGUGCUCUUUUGCUUUGCUCUGGCGCCUCCUGGUGGAACCCGGAGGAACCAGUGAGUCCCACACCAGGUGGGGAAGGGAAAGGUACUGAACUCUGAAGUAAAGACAGAUUUUUUUUGUA